UUGAGAGACAAUGAAGCUAAUUAUUCAAAGCGUGUUAGUGUCGGUGUUGGUAAUGGUGGGGAGUGUACGGUCACAUGAUUAUGGAGAUGCAUUAACGAAAAGCAUUUUGUUUUUUGAAGGGCAGAGGUCGGGGAAAAUACCCUCUAACCAAAGGAUGACUUGGAGGAAGGAUUCUGCACUUAAGGAUGGCAUUGAAAUUGGUGUUGAUUUAACGGGUGGUUACUACGAUGCUGGUGACAAUGUUAAAUUUAACUUUCCGAUGUCCUUUUCAAUAACGAUGCUGGCAUGGAGCGUAAUAGAGUUUGGCGACUCCAUGGGAUCAGACCAGCAAUAUGCAUUGGAUGCCAUUCGAUGGGGAACUGAUUACUUAAUGAAAGCAACCAGUAUUCCUAACUUUAUAUACGUUCAAGUUGGUGAACCUUAUAAUGACCACAACUGCUGGGAGAGACCUGAUGAUAUGGACACACCUAGAACCCCUUAUGCUAUUAGUAAAGAGUUUCCAGGUUCAGAAGUUGCUGCUGAGAUAGCAGCUGCACUUGCAUCCUCUUCCAUAGUCUUUAGACACACUAAUUAUAGUUAUUCUCAGGACCUUAUCAGAAGGGCGACAAAGGUUUUCUAUUUCGCAGAUAAGUACCGUGGAUUUUACAAUGAUACUCUUUAUCCCUGGGUCUGCCCCUUCUAUUGCGACUUCAGUGGCUAUCAGGAUGAAUUGCUCUGGGGAGCGGCAUGGUUAUAUAGGGCAACUUUGAUACCUGAUUACUGGAACUAUGUCGUGAAGAACGCAUACAAUCUGGGAAACUAUAAUGAAUUUGGAUGGGAUAACAAGAAUGCUGGCAUUAAUGUGCUUGUUACCAGACUUAAUACCUCUAAUUCCGGUCUCUUCAUUGGAAAUGCGAACAAGUUUGCAUGUUCUCUGUUGCCUGAAUCACCUACAAAGGCAGUAGAUUAUUCACCAGGUGGACUUAUGUUCAAAGAUGGAGGAAGCAAUUUACAACAUGCCACAUCUUUAUCCUUUCUGGCUCUCGUUUACAGUCGCUAUUUAGAAGAAUCAAAUAACAGAGUGGUUGCUUGUGGUGGUGGCGUUAUGGCCGACAAGCAUAGGUUCAGACAACUAGCAAAAGGCCAGGUGGAUUAUAUACUUGGAAGCAACCCAUUGAACCUGUCAUACAUGGUUGGAUAUUCGGGUUAUUUUCCUCAGAGAAUUCAUCAUCGGGGUUCAACUUUACCUUCCAUUGAUCAACAUCCGGGUUUUAUCGAUUGCAAUGGUGGUAAAUUAUACGCUAACAGCAACAAUCCUAAUGCCAACGUGCUAACUGGGGCCGUUGUUGGAGGACCUUUUAUGAAUGAUACAUAUCCUGAUGAUCGAGUUAAUUUUCGGCAAUCAGAGCCUACCACAUACAUUAAUGCACCUUUUGUUGGCGUCUUGGCUUUCUUUAAAUCACAUCCAUCCUGUUAGAAUAGAAGCUUUAGCAAAUUGAUUUAGCUCCACUGGAACUGUAAAGUUUAGUACUAAUUUUAGUUAGACCGUAUGAAUA